AUGGCAGUAGAAGACAAUGAUUCGAAGAGAGCAACAUCGAUUCUCCACGGAGAACUUGAUUUAAAAAUAAUCGAAGCUCGACGGUUACCAAACAUGGAUUUAGUAUCAGAACGUCUCCGUCGAUGUUUUACUGCAUUCGACACAUGUCGGAAUCCGUUCUCUAAAGGAAGCCAGAAACUCAAAAGCCACAGCCGCAAGAUCAUCACAAGCGACCCGUACGUUACAGUUUGCGUAUCGGGAGCAAGAGUCGCUCGCACGCGCGUGAUUUCGAACAAUCAAAGUCCGGUUUGGAACGAACAUUUCAAGAUUCCUUUGGCUCAUCCGGCUGAAAAGAUUGAAUUUUACGUGAAAGAUAAUGACAUGUUCGGUGCUGAGUUGAUAGGGAUAGCAAGUGUUGAAGUAGAGAAGAUUUUGUCAGGGGUAGCGAUCAGUGGUUGGUUUCCCAUAAUCGGAUUGUACGGAAAACAGCCAAAAACGGACUGUGCCCUUCACAUCGAGAUGACGUUUACGAAAUGUGAGCAGAUUGGUAGCAAACUCGGGGUUGAAAAUUGUUAUUUUCCGGUGAGGCAUGGAGGGAACGUUACCCUUUACCAGGAUGCGCAUGUGUCGGAUUCGGGCUUGCCAGAGAUUGAAUUGGAGAAUGGGAAUGUGUUUAAACAUGAGAAAUGCUGGGAGGAUAUUUGUCAUGCUAUAGUAGAAGCACAUCAUUUGGUUUAUAUAGUUGGUUGGUCGAUUUAUCAUAAGGUGAGAUUGGUGAGGGAGCCUUCAAAGCCAUUGCCGAGAGGUGGGGAUUUGAAUUUGGGAGAACUGCUUAAGUAUAAAUCACAAGAAGGUGUGAGAGUUUUGUUGCUGGUUUGGGAUGACGUGACUUCUCAUAAUAAGUUUUUUAUUCGUACGAAUGGAUUGAUGCAGACUCAUGAUGAAGAAACCCGGAAGUUUUUCAAGCAUUCUUCCGUGAAUUGUGUGUUGUCGCCGCGCUAUGCAAGCAGUAAGCUUAGCAUUUUCAAGCAGCAGGUUGUUGGGACCCUCUAUACGCAUCAUCAGAAAUGUGUAAUUGUGGAUACACAGGCAUCUGGAAACAACCGGAAGAUAACUUCUUUUAUAGGGGGUCUAGAUCUUUGUGAUGGCCGCUACGAUACACCUGAACAUCGGUUGUUUCGGGACCUUGACACUGUAUUUCGGGAUGAUUAUCAUAAUCCAACAUUUCCUGCAGGAACAAAGGCCCCAAGGGAACCAUGGCAUGAUUUGCAUUGCAAAAUCGAAGGGCCUGCUGCAUAUGAUGUGCUUACUAACUUUGAGCAGCGAUGGAGGAAAGCCUCAAAAUGGUCAGAGUUCGGACGAAGUUUUAAAAGGGCAACUCAUUGGCGUGACGAUUCAUUAAUAAAGUUAGAACGUAUCUCAUGGAUACUUGGUCCUUCCCCAUCAGUCCAUAAUGAUGAUCCUCAAUUAUGGGCAUCUGAGGAAGAUGAUCCUGAAAACUGGCAUGUUCAGGUUUUCCGAUCUAUAGAUUCAGGAUCUUUGAAAGGAUUUCCCAAAGAUGUUUAUCAAGCUGAAAAACAGAAUCUUAUUUGUGCUAAAAAUCUGGUCAUUGACAAGAGCAUUCAGACAGCAUAUGUUCAGGCAAUCAGAUCAGCUGAACACUUCAUAUAUAUUGAGAAUCAAUAUUUCCUUGGGUCAUCAUUUGCAUGGUCAGAAUAUAAAGAUGCAGGUGCUGAAAAUUUGAUUCCUAUGGAGUUGGCAUUGAAGAUAGCAAGUAAAAUAAGAUCAAAGAAGAGGUUUGCUGUUUAUGUUGUGAUACCAAUGUGGCCUGAGGGCGUUCCCACUUCUGCCUCUGUACAAGGAAUUCUCUUUUGGCAGUCACAAACAAUGCAAAUGAUGUAUGAAGUUAUAGCAAAAGAGUUGAAAUCCAUGAAUCUUGAGAAUUCACAUCCACAAGACUACCUAAAUUUCUUCUGUCUUGGUAAUAGGGAAGAAGUGUCAGGUUCAAACAAUUCUGAUGAUCAAACGGUUUCAAUGUCUCAAAAGUUUCAACGGUUUAUGAUUUACGUACAUGCAAAGGGAAUGGUAGUAGAUGAUGAGUAUGUAAUACUGGGGUCUGCCAAUAUUAACCAACGAUCUAUGGCUGGUUCAAGAGAUACUGAGAUAGCAAUGGGUGCAUAUCAGCCUCAUCAUACAUGGAGCAAUAAGAACAGACAUCCACUAGGCCAGGUAUACGGAUACCGAAUGUCUCUCUGGGCAGAACAUUUGGGGUUGGUUGAUAACUUGUUUAAAGAGCCUGAGAGUUUGGAUUGUGUCAAGAGUGUGAACAAAAUAGCUGAAGAUAAUUGGAAGAAGUUCACAGCCGAGGAUUUUACACUAUUGCAAGGACACCUUCUUAAAUACCCUGUGGAGGUAGAUAGCAAUGGCAAAGUAAGCCCCUUGCCAGGACAUGAGACUUUCCCAGAUGUUGGUGGUAAGGUGCUCGGAGCCCGUACAAACCUUCCCGAUGCAUUAACCACAUAG